AUGGAGUCGGCGCCGGUCCCGAGCUACAACGGCGCAGGUCGGUCGUCGCCGGCGGCUAGCCAUCCGUCGCGCCCCACGCCGACGCCAGUGCACGUACCUACGUUGGCCGAUGCGCCGACGCGGGUACGCACGACGCCGACCGACCGCAGCAACAAGGCGACGGCCGCGCUCGGGCUGGACUCGAACGACGACUUUGGCACGUCCGAGCUCUUGAACCUCCUGUACGCGUUCCACAACGCCAGCACGGCAGAUGAAGUCGUGCUCGUGCUGCAAGCGCUCUUUGGCUGGUUCCAGGCGCAGACGUUCCAUCCGACGCUGACGCCGCCGGAAGCCACAGGUCCGUUCCUGCCGAUCCAAAUGCUGCGGGAGGCCAAGAACGAGUUUGUACAAUGUGCACAGAUAAAGCAGAGCCGGCAGCCGUACGUGUGGACGAACGUCGUUGCGAAGCAGUAUGCGAUCAUCCUACAGCACCUCCUCGUGGCCAUUCAAGCCCAAGCGCAGAUCCGCGCCCCGUCCGCGACGCCGCCCUCGCACGCACUCCAGAGCCAGCUCCACAAUAGCAUUCACGAAGCACAUGCGCAGUACUCCAAGCAGCAACAAAGCCGACAAGCGACGCCGCAGCAACACGCCGUGCACUCGUCGGCCUCGUCGCUGGCGACACCACCCGUCCACGCGCCCAGCACCAGCGCUCAAGCACCAACGCCGACCAACAACACCCCGCGAAAGCUCGACUUUGGUCCAACGCUAUCCGCGUCCUCCUCGUCGCUCGUGGUCAAGGUGCCCAAGAAGAAGGCGCUCGAGCCUAAGCCCAAGGCAGCGCAAGCAGUCAGCGCAACCGCGCCGCGUCCAUCCGGGCCCAUUAGCGAAAGCCCUUUCUUUGUCGACAUGACAAUGCGGUCCGCGACGCCCGGCGCCGACGACGACCAUCUGUACAUCCCGGUGCGCAACAUCAACAAGGUCAUGAAGGCCGCGCUCCCAAAAGAGUCCAAGGUCAAGAUCGCCGAGGACGCCAAAGAGCUCAUGCAAGAGUGUGUGACCGAGUUUCUCCUCUACUUGACGAGCGAGACGCGGGACCAAGCGAUCAUCAACAAGCGCGGCAAAACGACGCUGACAGGCUCGGACGCGCUACGAGCACUGUACAACCUCGGCUUUACGCCCUAUGGUGAUAUCCUCGGGCUGUACAACGACAAGAUCAAGGUUAUCCAGGAAGAGGCCGCCAAAGUCAAGAUCGAGAAGCGCGCCGCCAAGAGCCAACCGACGAUGCCGACAGCAACACCCAGUGCGUCGCCCGCCACCGACCUCGUCAAGAACGAGCACCUUAUAGCUAGCAGUAGUAGUCGACCGUCGACGCAGUGA